AUGGUGCAACCGAGCUCUUCUAAGAAUGAUACGCAAGAUUACUACAAAAACGCUCUACCUGAAGGUCCAAAGCUCUCAAUAGAUAUUGGACAAGUCAUUCUGACAAGUGGCCUUGAACUUCCAGAUCUUGACUCUGCUGUCAAAGAUGCCGUGAACCACCGCCGGCUCAAUCCCAGGCAACUGCAAUUGACCGCCAUUGCUGGAUCUAUUGGAGCGGCACUCUACGUCGCCAUAGGAUCUGGUGUAACUUCUGGCCCCUUGUGCCUUCUAUGUGGCUUCGUGUUCUGGGCCACUGUUGUGUUUUCGGUCGCGCAAUGCCAGGCAGAGAUUGUCACGCUGUUUCCACUCGAUGGCUCUUACAUUCGUCUGGCUGGGCGUAUGGUUGAUCCAGCUCUAGGUGUUACUGCAGGUUGGAAUCUUUUCUUCGCUCAAACAUCGUAUGUGAUCUUCGAAGCCACCAUCAUCAACACCCUCGUUUCAUAUUGGGGUUAUGAUCAGUCACCGGCCAUUCUGAUAUCUGUCUCCUUGCUCUUCUACCUGGCUCUCAACAUAUAUCGAGCCGAUCUUUUCGGGGAGGCAGAGUUCUGGCUGGCUCUUGGGAAGAUCCUGAUGGCCUCGGGACUCAUUCUUUACACAUUUGUUGUCAUGCUUGGCGGUAACCCACUACAUGAUCGUUUCGGCUUUCGCUAUUGGAAGGAGCCAGGGCCCUGGGCUGGGAAUAGCCCGUCCACCAGACUAGAAUCUUUCAUCAAUGCGGUCAACGUCGCUGGUUUCUGUAUGGGCGGGCCCGAAUAUCUCUCCAUGAUCGCUGGCGAAGCUGUAGAUCCACGACGCACCGUACCUCGUGCGUUCAGUACAAUUGUCACCCGUCUCAUCAUUUUCUUCAUCGGCGGAGCCAUUUGUGUCGGCAUACUCGUCCCAUCCAACGAUAGCACUCUGACCAAUGGCUCUGACACAUAUGCCGGGUCUUCACCAUACGUUAUCAGCAUGCAAAGACUUCAGAUUCCCGUGUUGCCUUCGGUUGCCAAUGCAGGAUUGAUUACAAGUAUCGUUUCUGCCGGCAACGCAUACACGUUCAACGCCUCGAGAAGUCUCCACGCACUCGCACUUGAUGGCCAAGCUCCGGCUUUCUUACGCAGACUGAACAAGCACGGUGUGCCGUAUAUGGCUGUGGUCAUGUUGUUGUCAUGCCUUGCGUAUCUUGCGCUAGGGUCCGGCAGCAGCAAAGUCUUAUCAUGGAUUCUAAACUUUUGUACGGCAGCGUCAAUGAUGAACUGGGUUAUCAUGUCUGCGACCUGGAUUCGUUUCAAUGCGGCAGUCAAGGCUCAGGGUAUCGAUCGACAAACAUAUCUGCCUAAUUCUUCGCGCUGGCAGCCAUAUGCAGCUUACUGGGCAUUCUUCUGGGCAUCGAUAUUCCUCUGGGUCCAAGGAUAUGCCGUUUUCCUGAAAGGCAAUUGGGACGUCGCAACGUUCAUCUUCAAUUAUGGCAUUAUCGCUCUGGCUGGUGGGAUUGGCAUAGUGUGGAAGAUUGUCAAAAGGACGCGGUUCCAUCGCAGCAAGGAGACUGAUCUUGUGUCCGGCUACGACUUCUUUGAUGCUCUAACAGAACAUUAUCGUACUCAGCGAGAGUCCGAGAGGCCUGGGGCACUCACAUUCAAAAGCCGAAUCAUGUCCAAAUUGUUCUAG